AUGACCCAAAUGACACAUAACAAUUUCUUUACCAUGACAGAAAUUGGUCGCAUCACUUUGCCUGAGCCGUUAUCCUGUCUUCACUCAUUCAUCACACUGAAAAAAUAUCCGUACGUUAUUGCGCGUCACCCUUUUGUUUUGACAUUGCUGUUACCAAGCAGAUUCAUCACCAUCUGUCGUUACACCCGUCAGCACGCUAUCCCCCACAUCCCCCAAAGUUGCAUACCCAAUCGACACCUCAACCUUUUCUCCCUCUGUAAGUCCCCAUCCACACAAUUAUUCCAGAUGAUUAACAAUACCACCUCGAAGUAUCGUGACUGCAGCAUCCAAUAUAAGUAA